AUGGCCGAGAGCGCCGCCGCUGCCGGGCAAUCAUCCUCGGCGAGGAAGUCUGGGGUGCCGGUGUUCGUGAUGAUGCCGCUGGACACGGUCAAGACGUGCUGCGGGAGCGGUCUGAACCACCGGAAGACCAUGGCGCGGGAUCUGGCGGCUCUCAAGAGCUCGGGCGUGGAGGGAAUCAUGGUGGACGUGUGGUGGGGCGUCGUGGAGGCCGAGGAGCCGGGGCUGUACAACUUCGAAGGGUACAUGAAGCUCGUCGAGAUGGCGCGCGAUGCCAGGCUCAAGGUCCAGGCCGUCAUGUCCUUCCACCAGUGCGGCGGCAACGUCGGCGACACCGUCAACAUCCCGCUGCCGCGGUGGGUGGUGGAGGAGAUGGACAAAGACCAGGACCUCGCCUACACUGACCAAUGCGGACGCCGCAGCUACGAGUACGUCUCACUCGGCUGCGACGACAUGCCCGUCCUCGACGGACGCACGCCCAUCCGGUGCUACACCGACUUCAUGCGCGCCUUUCGCGACCACUUCGCCGCCUUCCUCGGGGACACCGUCGUCGAAGUACAAGUCGGCAUGGGGCCGGCGGGCGAGCUACGGUACCCGUCGUACCCGGAGAGCGAAGGAACCUGGGCAUUCCCCGGCAUCGGCGCCUUCCAAUGCUACGAUAAGUAUUUGCUCAACAGCCUGAAGAUGGCAGCGGAGGCGGCGGGCAAUCCGGACUGGGGCUUGGGCGGGCCGACGGACGCCGGCGGCUACAACAGCCGGCCGGACGACACGGACUUCUUCCGCCAGGACGGCGGUGGCUGGGACUCGGGGUACGGCCAGUUCUUCAUGUCCUGGUACUCGCGGAUGCUCCUGGAGCACGGUGACCGCGUUCUGUCCGGCGCGGCGUCCGUGUUCGGCCACGAGCCCGGCGUCCAUCUAUCGGUCAAGGUCGCCGGCAUCCACUGGCACUACGACACAGAGUCGCACGCGCCGGAGCUCACGGCUGGGUACUACAACACGCGGCGCCGCGACGGGUACCUCCCGAUCGCGCGCAUGCUGGGCCGUUACGGCGCCGUGCUCAACUUCACCUGCGUGGAGAUGCGCGACCAGGAGCAGCCACGGGACGCGCGGUGCCGUCCCGAGGGCCUGGUGUGGCGUGUGGCCGCGGCCGCCCGCGAGGCCGGCGUCGGCCUGGCCGGUGAGAACGCGCUGCCCCGGUACGACGAUGCGGCGCACGACCAGGUGGUGGCCACUGCUCGGGAGGAGCGGAUGGUGGCGUUCACGUACCUCCGCAUGGGCCUCGACCUGUUCCAGCCCGACAACUGGCGCCGCUUCGCCUCAUUCGUGACACGGAUGAGCCAAGCCGGCUAG